UUUAAUGCUCUGCCAUUUAUUUCUGUUGGUGUUUUCAUUUCAUAUACAUAAAAAAUGGCUUCCUCCACUACUCAAAUCAACGCCCUUGGCACUAUUGGCUUCCCUUCAUCGAGAAAACCCAACCAACAAUCACCCAAAACGGUUUUCUUCGGUCACAGACUGGGAAAACCCUCACCUUUGAACGUUGCCUUCUUACGGCGGCGUACUAAUACCAACAACCGUAAGCGGUUCGGGUGAACCCUAAGAACACAUUUUUCUCUGUUAAGAGAUUUAUAGGAAGGAAAAUGUCGGAAGUGGAUGAGGAAUCCAAGCAGAUUUCUUACAAGGUUAGUCGAGAUGAGAAUGGGAAUGUUAAGCUCGAUUGUCCGGCCGUUGGUAAACGAUUCGCCGCCGAGGAAAUUUCAGCUCAGGUUUUGAGGAAGCUGGUUGAUGAUGCCUCAAAGUUUUUGAAUGAGAAAGUGGCAAAAGCGGUUGUUACUGUCCCUGCUUAUUUCAACGAUUCCCAGAGGACAACAACAAAGGAUGCUGGUCGAAUUGCUGGGUUAGAAGUUCUCAGGAUUAUCAACGAGCCUACUGCUGCCUCUCUGGCAUAUGGGUUUGAGAAGAAGAACAAUGAAACCAUCCUCGUGUUUGAUCUUGGAGGUGGUACUUUUGAUGUUUCAGGUUUGUGGCUGGUUGAGAAGCUAAUUAUCUGCAAGUAUCAUUUUGUUUUAUGUUACAAUGUGCGACUUUAUUUAUCUUUUAUUGCUAAAAAUUCCAAUCAUAUUGGUUGUGAAGUAAUGCAUGUCGAUAACACUGCAGUGAAAUGCUUAGCUCCAUACAUGACCAAGUUCAUGAAACUGGUAACAUUUGCUCUCAAAAUCGGAGCGAAUUUAGUAGCCGGUAUGGGAAACCUUAUACCGGAUUUGAGUAGGGAAGUUGCCCAUCUCGCCGACUCUUCACUCAUGUAUGGAGCAGCAGGAGCAGUCGCUGCUGGAGCCGCUGGAACUGCAGCAAUGGGACAAGUAAACUGUAACCGAAACAAGACUGGGGACAUCACAUAUAAAUUCGGGUUAUGGGGAGUCAGAUACAGGGAUGACGGGCAUAUUGCAUGGAUCUGCAGAAGGCACAUGACCAUCAGAGCAAAUGAAAUUAUUGAAGUACCUAUUUAG